UUUGGGAAAUCCCAGAAAACCACAUUACGAACAUAUUUCACUUGUUCUUUCCCUGUAGAAGCCUCUUUCUUUUUUAUUUUGCUCGAUAUCUCUCUUGACGGAUGGGAAGCAAGGAAAUCAAGUGGUAAUCUCAUCCAAUUUGAGAUAAGGAGCAGUGAAAGUCACUUUAUCAGAAACCCAUUGUAGGUUUGUCUCUUAAACUUUUCAAAAAAAAAAAAAUUUUGCACAAUCUAGAGUUAGAACAUAUUGGGAAGACCUGUUUAGAGAUAUGAUGAAGCUAAGGUUGUCUGGUCUGAGUUGUGGUGUUUGUGCAAAUUUCCGGAGACCCAUUUCACUUUGUUAUUCAAAUUCAAUAUCAUCAUCCUCUGCAGAGGUAAAACCCAAAAUUCCACUCUAUCUAAGGCCACUCUCCUUCUCUGCGUCUCUAUCAGAGCUGACCCAAUGGCAUAAAUGGGCCAAAAAUCUGGCUUCUUCAGUUGGCUCCUCUUUUGUUCACUUAGACAAUGGUCCCGAUUCCACUCUCCUCCGCAGAGAGCUCAACUGGCUUCUACAAGACUUACUUGAACUCCAACAUCAUUCAGCAAUACUAUCACACUUGGAAUCGGGUAACAGUGAGAACGUGGAUGUAAGCGUUGCGUUAAGAGCGCCUUUGGAGGAGCUGUAUUGUGUUUGGAGGCAGAGGAUUGAAGAGAGGAGACCUUUUCAAUACGUUGUAGGGUGUGAGCAUUGGAGGGAUUUGGUGUUGAGUGUGCAAGAAGGGGUUCUUAUUCCUAGGCCUGAAACUGAAAUGAUUAUUGAUUUGGUGGAGAAUGUGGCAUUGAACAAAUUCCCAGAAUUGGCAAAAGGUUUCUGGGCCGAUUUGGGGACCGGUAGCGGUGCUAUUGCUAUUGCCACUGCAAGGACUUUAUCAACUCAUGCUCAUGCUCAUGGUAGAGUCAUUGCCACUGAUUUAAGUCCGGUGGCAAUUGCUGUGGCUGCUUUUAAUGUGCAAAUAUAUGGCCUACAGGAUGUGGUUGAGGUGAGGAAAGGAUCUUGGUUUGAACCAUUGAAAGAUGUUCGAGGUAAACUUGCUGGUGUUUUGAGUAACCCACCGUACGUACCAAGUGGUGAUAUAUCUGGCCUACAAGCUGAAGUUGGUCAACAUGAACCAAAACUUGCAUUAGAUGGUGGCAUUAGUGGAACCAGUGAUCUUCUCCAUCUCAUUGACGGAGCUGCUUCCAUGUUGAAACCUGGAGGAUUUUUUGCUUUGGAGACAAAUGGAGAGAAGCAGUCCAAGUUUCUUGUGGACUACAUUGAAAAUGAUAAGCCAGGCAGCUUCUGCAAUAUUAAUAUAGUAUCCGAUUUUGCUGGUAUCCAACGUUUUGUUAUGGGAUUUCGUCAAUGAAUGGUAUGAUCAGUAAGUUUAUUGGUCAUGAAGAAGAGGAAACAAAAAAAAAAAAAAGAACAAGUUGUCCCAAUUACCUCAACCAGGUAUGAAAUUAACACCCUCAAGCUCCCUAUGAGACUGCUUGGCGUCCAUGGUCCAACAAUGAAGAGGUAAAAGAAAAGGGAAAUAUUAACAGUUUGUGCUUUCAUUUACCAGAGAAGAGUUAAACAGUUUUUUUCACUGCUUUGGUGACUUAAAAAUUGUUGGAUGGAAGCAGGUUGGAGGGUAUGUGGUGGAAUAUGAAGGUCUACCAUUGGUGACAGUUGAAAGAAGCAGGACAUUUUAUUACCAUGAUUUCCUCAUUCCUUCAAGGAGCUCUGCCUCCACCAUUGAUCAUUCUGAGUGUUUAGAACAAGAGCUAAAGAUGACUAGAUGAAGAUUUUCCAAAACUUUUCAACUAAUAAUCAAGACAUAUGAGGCUAUACCAAUGUUGGGAGUUGGAACACAAACAUAUAUCAUUGGGUGCAAAUAUUAUUCGAAAAUCGCAAUGUGCAUGAAUGAAUUUGAGUGAAGAGCUGAAGAUGCAACAAUUUUACUGUGUUUUUUUUCCUUUUUUUUCUGUUCUAGGUUCAGCAGAAAGGCCUGAAAUAUUUUGAGGACUUGAAAUGUGGGAUAUUAUCACAGAUUCACCACUCACAAGCCCACAGGAGAUAAAUUA